CGAGGACCUCUGACCAAUCUUGGAACUAAAGAGCCAUGACAGAGGAGGGAGAUACCAAAAUGCAGUCAGCCCUGCCGUCUGCCAGACCCAGCGAGCAAGUGCCUGAAAAACCAAACUAUGCUCUCAAGUUUACUCUCGUGGGACAUUCAGAAGCAGUAUCUUCGGUGAAAUUUAGCCCUAAUGGAUCAUGGCUGGCAAGUUCCUCUGCUGAUAAACUAAUUAAAAUCUGGAGGGUCUGUGAUGGAAAAGAUGAGAAAACACUAUAUGGUCAUAGCCUGGAAAUAUCAGAUAUUGCCUGGUCUUCAGAUUCCAGUCGUCUUGUUUCUGCCUCAGAUGAUAAAACGCUAAAGUUAUGGGAUGUGACCUCUGGAAAAUGUUUAAAAACACUAAAAGGGCACACUAAUUAUGUUUUUUGCUGCAAUUUCAAUCCAGCAUCCAACCUUAUUAUUUCAGGGUCUUUUGAUGAAAGUGUGAAAAUAUGGGAGGUGGAAACAGGAAGGUGUCUCAAGACUUUGUCUGCUCAUUCAGACCCAGUUUCUGCUGUUCACUUUCAUUGUAGUGGGUCCUUGAUAGUGUCUGGUAGCUACGAUGGUCUCUGUAGAAUUUGGGAUGCUGCAUCAGGUCAGUGUUUAAAAACACUUGCUGCUGCUGAUAACCCUCCUGUUUCUUUUGUACAGUUUUCUCCAAAUGGUAAAUAUAUUCUCAUUGCAACUUUGGACAAUACUCUUAAACUAUGGGAUUACAGCAGAGGCAGAUGUCUGAAGACAUACACUGGUCAUAAGAAUGAGAGUUACUGUUUAUUUGCCAAUUUCUCAGUUACUGGUGGAAAGUGGAUUGUGUCUGGUUCCGAGGAUCACUUGGUUUACAUUUGGAACCUUCAGACUAAAGAGACUGUACAGAGAUUACAAGGUCACACUGAUGUUGUGAUCUCAGCAACUUGCCAUCCUACAGAAAAUAUCAUUGCAUCAGCUGCAUUGGGAAAUGACAAAACCAUUAAACUGUGGAAGAGUGACUACUAAACCCAUUAGCAAUCAAGUAGUACAGCCA